AUGAAGGGGUUACCUGCAAUCACCAAGCCCUCAUUGAGCACAUUGAGCAUGACCGAGUGCAUCGUGGAGUUCGAGCACGACAGUAAAGACGUUCCUGAGCUGUCCACAACAAUCGACAUCCCAAGCAGCGUUUAUCAGAUCAUCAUUAGUGUCCUCGCUUGCUCGAUUCAGUUCACCAGCCUCAUCAGCCUCAUCGAUGACUACAAGGGAAAAGAUCUUCCGACCUUUGUUCAGAAAGUGAACAUGAUCCACCACACUAUCAAGAGACAUUACGAAGAUUACAAGCAAAAAAAGGAGGAAAUUAGAGAGUAUCGAGGCUGCAGCAACUAUUCAAUGCCCCUACCGAUAAUGUGGAGCUCAUCAAGGCCUUGGUUUACAUCAAGGACGAUCCUCAGCCACUUUACAUUGGCUCAAAGAAGACCACGGUUCAAUCUUCUAACUCUCUGA